AUAACUAACUCUUUUCUUCUUCAUAGUAGUAGUACUCCAAAAACCCUAGCUAGAGUUUCGUCCUCGCCGCCAUGGCCACCGCCGCAGCACGUCCCCUUGUAACCGUCCAAGCCCUAGAAGGAGACAUGGCCACCGAUGCAACAACCACCCUCCCCAUUCCCGAUGUCAUGCGUGCUUCAAUCCGUCCUGACAUCGUCAAUUUUGUCCACUCCAACAUCUCCAAUAACAGCCGUCAGCCUUACGCUGUCAGCCGUCGUGCCGGUCACCAAACCUCCGCUGAAUCAUGGGGAACCGGUCGUGCUGUUUCCCGUAUCCCCCGUGUUGCCGGUGGUGGAACUCACCGUGCCGGACAGGCUGCAUUCGGAAAUAUGUGUCGUGGUGGUAGGAUGUUUGCUCCAACCAGGAUCUGGCGCAGGUGGCACCGUAAGAUCAACGUUAACCAGAAGCGUUACGCGGUUGUUUCCGCCAUUGCUGCUUCCGCAGUCCCUUCACUCGUUCUCGCUCGUGGUCACAGAAUCGAGACUGUUCCCGAGUUUCCUCUCGUAGUUGGUGAUUCAGCUGAGGGAGUUGAGAAAACAAAGGAAGCUAUCAAGGUUCUGAAGAAGAUCGGAGCUUUUCCCGAUGCUGAGAAAGCGAAAGACAGCCAUGGAAUUCGUCCUGGAAAGGGGAAAAUGCGCAACCGUCGAUAUAUCUCUCGUAAGGGUCCACUCAUUGUUUACAGUACUGAAGGAGCUAAAGCUGUGAAAGCUUUCAGGAACAUUCCUGGUGUUGAGAUAACCAAUGUGGAGAGGUUGAAUCUUUUGAAGCUUGCACCUGGUGGACAUUUGGGUAGGUUUGUGAUUUGGACCAAAUCUGCGUUUGAGAAAUUGGAUUCGAUUUAUGGGUCGUUUGAUAAGCCUUCUGAGAAGAAGAAAGGGUAUGUUCUACCUAGGGCUAAGAUGACGAAUUCUGAUUUGACUAGGAUUAUUAAUUCUGAUGAAGUUCAAUCUGUUGUGAGACCUAUUAAGAAGGAAGUUAAGCGUGCGACUCUUAAGAAGAAUCCUCUUAAGAAUCUUAAUGUUAUGCUUAGACUUAAUCCUUAUGCUAAGACUGCUAAGAGAGCGGCUUUGCUUGCUGAGGCUCAACGUGUUAAGGCUAAGGCAGAGAAGCUUGAUAAGAAGAGGAAGACUGUUUCUAAGGAGGAAGCUUCUGCUAUCAAAGCUGCAGGAAAAGCUUGGUACAACACCAUGGUCUCAGAUUCUGAUUAUACCGAGUUUGACAACUUCUCCAAGUGGCUGGGGGUUUCACAGUGAAGUCCAUUUAUAUGUUUGUGAUAGGUUUUUUUGUUUGGUUUUUUAUUGUUUCCUGGAUUUAGGUUAUUGCACAUUAUGCAUGCAUUAUGGAAAUUUUGGUCGUUUUGUUUUAGUGCAAACUGUUUGUUGCACCUGAAUAAUCUAGCUUGUGUUAUUUUUUCUAUAAUCUUUUAUCCUUUCUCUCGCCAGGUAAGCUACAUAUCAGGUGGCUACUGGUACGAGGCCCUCAUUAAGUUUUGGGAUAUUGAUGGCUUAAAUAUGUUGUCUUUUAUCUUUUGCUCUAAA